AUGGCGAAAUACGGCGAAGGCGACAAACGGUGGAUCGUCGAAGACAGACCCGACGGCACAAACGUCCACAACUGGCACUGGUCGGAAACCAAUUGUCUAGAAUGGUCUAGAACCUUCUUCAACAAACUAUUCAACAACCUCAAAAUCCUGGAAGGCGAGGGUAAUUUCCACGCCACUGUCAAGAAAGUUGAGAAGCUCGACGGCGAGGCCUACGUUAAUGUUCGUAAGGGGAAGAUCAUUCCUGGGUACGAAAUCAGCGCGGUGAUUUCAUGGGAAGGUGAAGCGAGGGAUUCCGACGGGAAGAUCUUGCAUAAGGUCACCGGGAGUUUUGAGAUUCCGUAUAUUUCCGAUGAGAAUGCCAAUGAGAAUCCUGAGGUUAGGGUUAGCGUGAAAGAUGAGGGAGUGAUUGGGAAGAGUUUGAGGGAAGCGGUUGUUGUGAAAGGGAAACCGUUGAUUUUGGAGAAGGUUAGGGUUUGGGUUGAGAGUAUGUCGAAAGGUGGACCUGUUAAAGAUGAGCUUGAGAGUAAGAAGGUUGCUCCGCCGCAGAGGAGUAAUUUGGUUGUGGCGGCCGUGGCAGCGAAGAAGAAAGAGACGGCAGAGGUUGUUGCGGUUGCGAAGAAGGAGGAGAAGGGGAAGAAGGGUUGUAAAACGAUUAGUUUGAGUGAGAAGUUUAAUUGUAGGGCGAAGGAUUUGUUUGAGAUAUUGAUGGAUGAGAAUAGAUGGAAGGGUUUUACGCAGAGUAAUGCAAGGAUUAGUAAGGAGGUUGGUGGUGAGUUUAGUAUCUUUGAUGGGUCUGUGACAGGGGAGAAUUUGGAAUUGCAGGAAGGGAAGUUGAUUGUUCAGAGAUGGAGAUUUGGGAGCUGGCACGAUGGGAAGCAAUCAAUGGUGAGACUUGUGUUUGAGGAGCCUGAAUCUGGAGUUACGGUUGUGAAGCUAACACACACAGAUGUGCCUGAAGAAGACAGAUAUGGGAAUGCGACUGUGGUGGAGAAUACAGAGAGGGGAUGGAGGGAUCUCAUUUUCCAGAGGAUUCGGUCUGUGUUUGGUUUUGGAAUGUGA